GGCCAGGGGCUUGGGCCGCGCCGCGCUCCGCUCCGCUCCGCUCCGCUGCGGGUGGCUCGGGGCAGCAUGGGCUCGCUGCAGCAGCGCUUCCAGAGCUUCCUGGAGCGGCCCAACCUGCUCACCGACCUGCUGGGCCGGGUGGAGGCCAAGACCGGCGUGAAGCGCACCUACCUGGCCGCAGGCUCCAUCACCUUCGUGGGACUCUACCUCGUCUUCGGCUAUGGCGCCUCGCUGCUCUGCAACCUCAUCGGCUUCGCCUACCCCGCCUACGUCUCCAUCAAAGCCAUCGAGAGCUCCAGCAAGGAGGACGACACCACGUGGCUGACGUACUGGGUGGUGUACGGUGUCUUCAGCGUGGCCGAGUUCUUCUCCGACAUCUUCCUCUACUGGUUACCGUUUUACUACUUUGGAAAGUGCCUGUUCCUGCUCUGGUGCAUGGCUCCCGUCUCCUGGAACGGCUCGCAGAUGCUGUACCGGCGGGUCAUCAGGCCCUGCUUCCUGAAGCACCACCAGACGGUGGACAGCGUGAUCAGCAGCCUGAGCGGCAGUGCCCUGGACGCAGCCUCCACCAUCACCACGGAAGCAUCCAGAGGAGCAAUGAAGCUCGCCCUGGACUCCCAGAAGACCAAGUGAAGACGGCAUCUCCCGCAGCCCCCGAAGCACAGACCCGACCCACUCCGCGUGCCCGGCUCUGCCCAGCAGCCACCAUGAGAGAGGGAGCCCGUCGUCCCCGCGCCAGGUCCUCUGUCCCCAAGGAGCUCCUGUCGCCGGCACCUCCGGUCUCCACCAUGGACAUUCGUGGGCAGCCCUCUAGCCCCUGUCCUCCGCCUGCCCUGGCGCUACCCGGGGCAUCGCAGCCCCUGCUCUCUGCUCUUGGAGUCGGGCUGGGCAGAGCUUGGUUUCCUUGCCCCUAGGUGUUGAGGCGCCUGGUACGAGCCACCCCCUGCCCUGGCCCUUCUGCUGCUGCUCUCCCUCGCCUGACCUGCUGGUGGUCUCCUGACCUGAUGUCCACGUGGCUCACAUGCCACGUGGAGGGCUCUGCGCCGAGUCCUCCAUGCCUGGCUGCCUUGCGGGGAGGGGGAGGAUUUCCAGCCUGCUCUCCUGGACCGCGCAGCACGGACCGCUGCAGGCACGCAGAGUUUGCAGCACAGCCGGGUCUUUGCAGGAAUGCGGGAGCCAAAUGGCCAUGGCAUGAGCGGUCAGGGCCUGCCGCUGCAGCCUCGGCAUGUGUGCGACCUUCCCACCCCUCCCCUUGGCUCAGCUUCUCUGUGCUGAGCCCGGGUGAGCGACUCCCCGGGGCGCGGGGGACGUACAGGUGCAUCCCGUUCGCCCUUCUUGUGUCUCCCAGGCAGCGGGAACGCAAUGUUCCCGGCAGCCCGCGUCCACCCCUCCAGGCGCUCAGCUGCGCUUGCCUCGUAGCAGGUUGUCCUGGGCACGGGGACGUGGUUGCAUCAGUUCUGCAAUCCCCUGUUGCCCGGGGGAUGUGUCCCAGCUCCUUCCCGGGGAGGGUUUGAUGUCCGGCACUGGCCGGUCUGACCCCUUCCACCGCCCCGACCUGCUGUCGCAGAUCUGGGACCUGACUUAUAUUAGUGUCGGGUGUGAAAAGCCCCCUCUGCACCACGUCCUGUCUGUGCUCUGCUCUAGUGCCCCUUGCUCGCUCCCGUCCCGCCCGCUGAAGUCCAUUCGACGAGGGUUCGGGUUCGGGGCCGGCUGGGGAGAAACUCCCGAGAAGCGGCGCAUCCUGGAGUGCGCGCGGGCUCCCAAACCUGCCAGCUGCUCCUGCGGGCAGCUCCGUCCAUAGCCAUAGCCCGGUUCUCUGUCUUUUAUUUGUAAAAGAUAAAAUAAAUACACGUCUGCCCUCUCA